GCGCACGUCACGGAAGGCGACAAGGCCGCCUGGCGGCCGUCGCUGGGCUUCACGGCGAUGUGGUCGACGGGCACCUCGGCGAGGGCAGAGGUGGGCAUCAUCCUCCGGGACAGUUUCCUGCGGCAGUUUGACCCCGACCCGGUCUGGGACGAACCCGUUCCAGGGCGUGCCGCUGUGCUGCGACUCCGAGGCCCCCUUGGAGCGUUCGACAUUUGGACAGUAUAUUUUGCCACCGGCACCCGUGGCCUCGUGCACGCGACGACGGACGAAGAGGCUAACAUGCAGGUGAAGAUGCAGAGGCAGUUUAUGCGGGAGCGCAUCAACGCCAACGUCAGAGACAAGGCGGAUGAAGAUCACUGGCGGGAGGACCUGUGUCGGAGGCACGGUCUACACGAGCUCCACCAGAUGCAGGCCUUUCAUGACGACGCCGGGUGCCGAUCGCGGAUCGACAGGGCGGAGAACGUGCUGUCCAAUGGCCUCGGGGACGCUGGCCACCCGGACUCCGCGAGCUCUUCGGCUGCCCCCUCGCCGUGCAUAUCCGGCUUCGCUCGCCUCCGCAUCCUGAAGGAGGCCAUGAGGACGGUCGCCGACACGAUGGGCCGCGAGAAGCAGCAGCAGGUGCCGGAGGCGACAGAGGCUGAUGAUCACCUUGGCUGGACUUUGCGGUGUGUCCGGGCUUUGGAGCGAGGGGCGGUCGGGACGGUCCGCCGCUGCUGCCAGGCAUGCCCCAGGCUGGGCACUUUGUUCGGCGGCCCACUGGAGGCCAUCCAGGCGCACGCGGUGGAGCUUGCUCGGGAUUCGGCAUUGCGGCAGCUACAAGAAAUUCACAAUGCAGAGGGCGAUGCGGACGUCGACGAGCCGGAUUUUGAGGCGCUGCAACGCCGCCGCAACAGGGUAAUGCAGUUGCUCGCGCGGUUGGCGCCGGGCCGGUCAGCGGCCCUGGGCGGAGUCGUGGACCGGCACGGCGUUAUUCUCACGGACCCGGAAGACAUGGCCCAAGCCUUGCGCUCGUAUUGGCAAGGGGUGUUCAGGCGUCGACAGCACGACGAUCGUGUUCUUCGACGCUGGUGCGCAGAAGACCUCGGCCCAGCACACCUGAGCUGUCUCCGCCGCCUCUGCCGAGAGGAGUGGUUGCCGUCGCGGGCGGACCUUGACAAGGCCAUCAAGGAGGCGCCGAAGUUUUCCCCAGGGCCGGAUGGGCUCCCGCUUGCCGUCUGGCGGUCACUAGGGCCUUUGGGCGGAGGUGUGCUCGAAGCAACUCUUCGCGAUAUGAUGUCUGGCGACGGCCCGGAAAUUGUUGCCCGGGACUGCCCUGCCUUCAACGACUCCUUGCUGGUCUUUUUACCAAAGGCGGGUACGGCACUGGAGGGCGGGGAGCGGCUGGGGUGCAAGCCCGACGCCACGCGCCCACUCAGCAUUGCCAGCGGGGACAGCUGGAUCUUGGCCAACGCAGUGAGGCUCCAGCUAGAGAAGUGCGCUGCCCCUUGGAUCUCACGUGAACAGCAAGGAUUAUUGCCAAGCCUUUCGAUGGUCAGCAACAUCAUGGCGAUCGAGGAGCGGAUGAUGGAGGUAGCAUUGACAGAGGACGCAGGCAUCGCGGUCUUCCUGGACUUCCGCGCUGCUUUUCCGAGC